AUCAAAAAAGAGUUGACGACGAUGCAAAGCGGGUUUAGAUAUACACCGCAGUCGGCGGUACAAUGGAGGGAGCGGCGGUACAAAGGAGGUGCACCGAACAGAAAUAAGGAAAAGACAUCAGACUUCACGCAAUGGGGAAGAAUUUUGACUUUCUUCUUCUCAAAAUUUCCAGAAUACUAUAAUAAUACAGAUUUUUGGAAAGUAUUUCAAAGUUGGGGGAAGGUGUGGGAGGUGUUUAUAGCCAAUAGACGCAAUAGAUGGGGGCAAAGAUAUGGCUUCGUCCGCUUCUCUGGAGUGGAGAAUGAUAAGAUAUUGGAGCAACAACUAGAUAGGAUUAAGAUUGGAAAUAUAAAAAUGCAUGUCAAUAUCCCAUGUUAUAAGAAGAAUGAGUGGAGCAAUGGGAACAAUGGAAAGAAUCUACAAACCCAACUGGGUAAGAUAGAAGAACAGAAGGGACGAAACAUGGGAUUCAAAAGGAAAACGUAUGCACAAGUGGUACAAGGAGGGCUGAUGAAGGGGAAUGUUGAGUGGAAGCCUAAGCAGAAGCAGCAUAGUCAUGAGGGGGAGGGAGUUGAUAGGUGGUUAGGACAAGACAUUGAUGUCCCUGAAGAAAAUGUAAAGUGGUUAGAGCAGUGUUGGGUUGGAAGGUUAAAAGAUAUUACAAUGUUUGAGCGCCUCACUGAGACGUGUUUCUUACUCGAUGUCAAGAUGAGAUAUAUAAUAGACGAUAUGGUACUCAUCUCAGGGAUAAUAGAGGAAGGUCUACAAGAACGAAUUAGGAAUGAAAAUGAUAUCUUCACACAUUUUUUCACCUCUAUUGAGAAGUGGCGACUUGGUAUUUGGACAGGAAACAGGGUGACAUGGGUAAAGUGUAUUGGGAUACCAAUACAACAAUGGGGAGUCUCAUGCUUUUCACAGGUGAUUGGGGUAAGAGGUAAUAUGAUCCAUAUUGAUAAAGAUACAAAAAAGUGUAACAAACUGGACCAAGCAAGACUUCUCAUUAGGACAACGUCUUUUGAGCCCAUUUGGUAUAGCACCAGAAUCAGAAUCAAUGGUGUCAUCAGAGAAAUCCAAGUAAUAGAGGAGACGGGGGUGAAGACACGUGUUUGUAACUGUUGGAGAUGGCAAAAACAUAUAUCGUCUUUUGAGGAGUCUAGUAUGGCAAGUGACUAUGGAUGAAGAUAAGGUCUUCUGAAUCGGAAUGCUCUGCAGAACAAAACAAUCUAGUGCAAACAUUGGUGGAUGAAACAAUUCAACAAGGUGGUUUCUCUAAGGAAGACAGAGGAAAGAGCGACGACGAUGGAGGCAACGAUGAUUUUUCAAAUUUUGGACCAGGGGGUAAUGACCAGAGGAACAAAUAUAUGGAAACAGAUACUGGAAAACUGACAGGUGAGGACGAUAUAGAAGGCAGGCAGAAUGUACAACAAAUUGGUGAAAGUAGUACGGCUAGAGCAGUAACCUAUAUGCGAGGGGCUCAAAGUAGGUAUGAGGGCGGUGAUAAUGCAGAGCAAUUAAAUCAGGGUAAAGGAGAUAAUGGACAGGUUGGAAAAUAUCACAUGGGAUAGUCAGAACAACAAGGGGUAGAGGAUAAUAUGGGACUAAGGUGUGGGCUUGCAGAAAGGCAAAAUAGGAUUAUUGAAAUACAGAAAGGUGUUUUGGGCCAAUCCAACGAUAGUCACAUCUAUAGCGAAGAGAAUAAAGGGGAUUCAGAUGACCAAAUGAGCAUAGAGGAGAACAUAAGCGGGAUAUGUGCUACUCCGAAAAUGGAAAAAAUAACCUCAAGCCGAAGAUGUUAGUGGGAGAUCAGAAUAUGGGCAUUCAAAAUAAUGAAACAGAUCAAAACUCAAGAAGGGUACACCUAAAAGUGGAAGAACUGAGGGAGCAUGGAGAUAGCAGGGACCUUAAACUGAAAGGUGAGGAAGAUCUGGCUGCGAGUGACAUCUAGAAUGCCAACAGUUAAAUUGGG